CGUGACCCUAUUGCAACAACAGGGCGCGGCGGGGCGCGCGCCAGAGCCAGGCUUCCAAGGCGCUCGAGACGGGAAGCCUUUGCAGAAUAUCGUGAAAGGCGGUUUUAAGAGACCCCUCCCUGCGCCUCGGGAGGCUGCCGCGUGCAGGACAAAGCACGGCGUCUCACGCUAUUGGCUCUCCGCGAGCCCUUUUACCUGGGCGUGGGCGUUCCCGUGCCAGUCGCCAGAAUAAACUUUUCCUUGGGUCGCGCGGCGGGACGGUCCGGUGAACAGCGCGGCCUGGAACGGCACGAGCGUCCCCAGGCUCCCGGACAUGGACCCCGUAACGUCCUGGAGCGCCGAGAGCGUGAGCAGAUGGCUGCGAGGUCUGGAUUCUUCUCUUCAGCAGUAUGCAUUUGAGCAAUGGCAGCUGUCUGGGGUGGACCUGCUGCAACUAUCCUCCCAGCAGCUUCACCAGCUCGGUGUGCACAAGCUCGGACACCAGGAGCUCGUCCUGGAGGCCGUGGAGAAACUCUGCUCCCUGACGUACGGACUGGGUGGUGAGUCUCUGCGCAGUCUGACAGAGAAGCUCAGGGCUGUGGCCCACUCUCUGCAGAUGGGCAUCCAGAGCCGCUGGCGCGUCAACACUUACGACGGCCAGAGCGCCACCAAGCUGCCAGCAUCAGUACUGCAGGACGUAGUGGAACUGAUCACUGCGGCCAAGGGCCUGUUCUUUUUACUGAACAGGUAUCAGCACACCCAGAUCAGUGGAUGUACAGGCAGUCAGAACAUCAUCCCUCUGUGUAAAGAUCUGGGCUCCACCAUCCAUAAGGAGAUCACCGUGUUCGAGAAGGAAAAGGACAUCAUUGCCACUAGUCGUCAGUUGGUGGCGAUUUGUGAUGAGAUUCUGAGCAGUGCUCCGGAAGGUCUGCUUACCCACGCUACCCAGCUGCAGAGUGUCGAGCUGGUGCCCACCAUACCGGGCCAACAACUGGGUCUUGAAAUCACCUCCACGCCCUCCAACCAGCAUUACGUCUCCAGCACAGCUGAGAAGUGUCCGUCAGAGUCCUCGAAGAUUUUGGCGGGAGACGAGGUCAUUCAGGUCAACGACCAGAUUGUGGUGGGCUGGAGCAGGAAAUAUCUGGAGGAGAAACUACAGGAGAGUCCACACGGCAUAUCCCUGCUCCUCAGACGCAUGCCGUUUUCUCUCAGGAGGAGAGACGAACGUGGCGACUCUUCCGUCUCCAUCAAGCGCAGCAACAAGCCAAUAGAAUUUUCCUUCUCACCGGGGGAAGAGAAAGUGAGCGAGGAAGAACAGGAGGAGAGAGGCAGGCACGCCGUCCUCACACACACGCCGGCGUCUGUCCGCUGUUGCUCCUACAGGGCAGCGGUGCUGACCCCCGAGGGUCAGGAGUUGUCCGAGCGCGUCAGUGAUUACAGCUUUGAUGGGAGUCAGAGUUUCACGUCGUCCACUGACCAGCAGAGGGAAGGAUCAGAGACGGGGUUAGUGCGUAGGGGCUUGGGCGAGGAGCCAUCCACCAUGCGGAGAAGCCCCUCCCCCCUCAGCCUGGACUCCAACCGUGUCAGGAUGGGCUCCUGCCCUGAGAUGGGAGGCAACAGGGAGGAGAAGGAGAAUAAGAAGUAUACCAUUAAAGGCACACAGACAGCCCUGAGCCGCAGACGCGUGUCAUGUCGUGAGCUGGGCCGUCCAGACUGUGACGGGUGGCUUUGGAAGAAGAGAAAGGAGAGUAGUGUCUUCAUGACCCAGAAGUGGCAACGCUUCUGGUUUGUCCUCAAGGGGGCCACCAUCUACUGGUACACCAGCCAACAGGAGGAGAAAGCAGUUGGCUUAGUGAAAAUUGGAAGCUACAGCAUCGAGAGUGCAGGGGAACACAAGAGGAAGUACGUGUUUAAAAUGUCCCACCCACGUUUCCAGAACUUCUUCUUUGCCGCCGACAACGUUACCGACAUGAGCAAGUGGAUCAACUCUCUGAUCACUGCCAUUCAGAAGUACAGGAAGUUCCAACAGAACCUGCCAGACAGUGAAGCUGAGUGCUAUAGUGAGACAGAGUCAGAGGAGGACGGUUCAAACUCCCCCCGCCUACCAAAGAAGAAGGCCUCCACAAAGGUGCAGUCAAACACUCUCCCGCGGAAGAGCAAACCAAAAGGAGGAGGUGCAACAACUACCUUACCAGCAGGUGGCAGUAAAGCUGCAGGGGCUGAGGAUGAAAUGGGGGACCUCUUUAACAAGCUGAAGGAGGGAGGAGUGUCUCUGAUUGGUCAGAGUCAGCCCAUCACCCACGACCAGCUACGGAGGUCAUUUAUACGGCGGAAUAAAAACCCAGUCAUUAAUGAGAAAAUCCACACCCUGCGUGCCCUCCAGAGCACACUCAAGGCCAAAGAAGCAGAGCUGCAGAUCAUUAAUAAGCUUCUGGAAGAUUCCGAGCUCACGUCGCUAAAGUUCCUCCAGUGGAAGCAGUGCAAUGAGGAGCUAUACCAAGAAAUCCAGAAACUUUCUGCAGAGAGGAAUCGGCACCAAACAGCCCCGCCGCCUAUGGCGGUUGCCGGGGGCGACAGCAGGGUGUAUGACCUGAGCCUGAGUGAUGGGGAGCAGCUCGUGGACUCCGACGUCCCGAGUGACGGAGACUCUACCCUUGUAACCGGACAUGCGCACUCAGGGUAUGCCGACGUGCACGGCGACCAAACGGAAAGCGGCUCCUCAGACAAAUACUUCUACAUCUGAGGACCCAGAGCCCAGCCUCUCGGGGCCCUGUGGCCCCUCCCACACCGGGAACUGAGCCGGGUCAGGCCGCUUCCAGACGGAGCGUUCCGAUUUUCCAACCUUGUUCUCACAAGAAUUAUUAAUGUCAGUGUUGCUAAGCAACAUUAACCAUAUUUUAAAGCUAACCGUAGGGAGUCUCGUGGGGGGUGGGGGGUGGGGGGGGUCCAUCAUCCUCCUCUGAACCCCCCCUCCCCUCCCCCAAGCUGGCUGUCUUCAGGAGGAAGAAUACCAAGUCUUGCUCCACCAGCAUGUGGUAACAAAGCACAUUUAGGUGAAGUUCACCCGAUGAAAGGAAGUUGGUGUUACUUCAAUCCAGACUCCAGUCGGAAUGCUGGUUCUGGAACUGGAAACCGAACUGGAAUAAGAACCUCUGUAUACACAGAUGUCUCUCUCUGAGAGUUGUGUAUCUUCAAUGACUGUGAGGAACUUUAAUAUUCAUUUUAAAAAAAAAACAAAUCUGUCUGAAUCUUUACAUAUAAGCAGUUUUAAAUUCAUGAUUUUAAAGAAUGUUCUUUAGAAGUUACAUUUGUUUUAAUUAACAUAUUUGUAUGCUAAUGUUAAUAUGUAAAAAAUGGGAGAGAAGAAUAUUGUGAACAUUUGCAAAUUGUUGCAGUGAAACUUCUACUGAUUAUACAGAAGACAACCAUGAGGGCUAAACAUCAAGGAAGACUGGAAAUGCAAGUGUUUAUUAGGACACUGUCCACAUCGUUGUAAACAUAAAGAAUUGUUUAUUAGGACACUGUCCACAUCAUUGUAAACAUAAAGAAUUGUUUAUUAGGACACUGUCCGCAUUGUUGUAAACAUAAAGAAUUGUUUAUUAGGACACUGUCCACAUCAUUGUAAACAUAAAGAAUUGUUUAUUAGGACACUGUCCGCAUUGUUGUAAACAUAAAUAAUUGUUUGUAAAGACACUGUCCACAUCAUUGUAAACAAAGUUGUUUGUAAAAACACUGUCCACACCAUUGUAAACAUAAAGAAUUGUUUAUUAGGACACUGUCCACAUCAUUGUAAACAUAAAGAGUUGUUUAUUAGGACACUGUCCACAUCGUUGUAAACAUAAAUAAUUGUUUGUAAAGACACUGUCCACAUCAUUGUAAACAAAGUUGUUUGUAAAAACACUGUCCACAUCAUUGUAAACAUAAAGAAUUGUUUAUAAAGAC